UGGUUCUGGCUCAGGUUCUGGUCCUGGUCCUGGUUCUGGUUCUGGUUCACGCUAACUUAGCUAGCCCCAGAAGCUCGGUGGCCUGGCUCCUGUACGAGGCUGUGGUCAUGCUGGCCACCUGUGGAGGUCUAAUGUGGACCGGGACUGUUAAAUUACGGGCAGAGCCUCAGACCGCUGCUCCCCGUUCAACCAGCAAACUAACCCUAACCCUAACCAGCGUCAACUACAAGAGCUGCGAUCUUUCUGUGGUCUCCCUCAGACAUCCACUAGUGACCAGGAUGACCAGAGCCUCACAUCGGAGUCGGUCCCACGUCAAACCGGAACAACCAGCUGUAACCUAGAUCUGCUCUCUUCUGGUGCGAGCCCCUAGUGAGUGAGGCUAGGUUAGCCACACCUGUGUUGGCUUGAUUUUCAUCCCAGAACUACGAGGCCCGGUAAAAACACGAGCGCAGUAGGCUAACGCCCUAAAGCCGUACCCUUCGGCACUCAAACAUGAAUAAAAUGUCAUAAAAUUAAAACGGCAUAAAAGAUGCAGAAACGUGCAUCCGAGACAAGAUGCUGAGGAGAUCUUCCACCGGUGAGAUUUAAGGGCGUUGGUCUACAUCCCAGCCCAGGUCCCAGGCCCAUGUCAGCGCGGCUGUAGAGCGAGUUCUGAUGGCGUGCAUCUUCUGCUUUAGGGAACACGCCCUUCACAUACGGAGAAAACCUGGAGAACCUGGCUUCCAUGAAGGAAAUCAUAGCUCCAGGAUGGAAGCUUCUGUGCCUCGAGCGUAUACGGACAUUUCUGUCUUACCACGGAUGGACUGGACGGGCAACCCUCAGACACCUUUGGACCACGGACGGCGGACUGACUGGUGGGAGGGGUAGGCUAGGGGUUAAAUAUGAGGCGGUUGUAACUCCACAUGUUCCCAAUAAAUAACAGAAGAACAAGCAGGAGCGUGUUUCUGGAAUCAAAACCGGUUUUCCCUUCUGGAGGCGGAGUCUGUGCUGAGGCAGGUAGCAGACCUGCAGCUGUCCUGGGGUCAUGUCUUUAUCCCGUCCAAUCAGCUCGAGUCUGUCCUCCACUGAUCCUCUUCCUCACCACCUGUUGCGUCUUAGAGCCAAUCUGCAGACUCGUGCUGAGACCUGGACCUGGAUGCCUGGGUCAGCUCUGGAGUCUCACAACCAGUUCUUCAGAACCUGUUUGUGGCUCAGCUGCAGGAGGUGAGCAGAAUGUCAGUCAGAGCCCUGCCCCUGGUCUUCAUCAACAUGGGAGGAGAGAUGCUUUAUGUUUUGGAUCAGCGGCUGCGAGCUCUCAACACGUCUGAGGAGCAGUCAGAGCGAGGAGUGUGGUCGGAGCAGGACAGACGAAGAGGUACCGCUUCUUGGUGUUUCUGUAGAGAACGUGGAGGUUGGGAGUGAAACCAGUUUAAUUCCACUUCCUGUUUCUGUUUCCUGCUUGAACUCAGUGAUCAGCGACAUAAUUGGAACCUUGUUCAGUAAAUCCUUCAUGGAUGAGCUUCUCAAACCUCAGCCACUUUACUCUCACAGGACGAUGAAAAGCGUGCUAACGCGGCUAGCACACACCUCCAUCAUGAGGCUGAACCUGGCCAGCAUGGACCGGCUUUAUGAACUGAUGCUCAUGGCUUUCAAACAUCAGGUUCUCCUCUGUCCUCGACCCAGAGACCUGCUGCUGGUCUCCUACAACCACAUGGACUCCAUGAGAUACAUGGUCCGGGACACGCCGGUGCUCCUGAACCAGGUGGACGAGACUCACAGGAAACUCGCUGAGGUUUACUCAGACCUAUCAGAGGGAGACUUCCAGCUCCUCAGACAAACGCUGCUCAUGUUCUUCCAAGACUCGCACAUCCGCGUGUCUCUUUUGCUGAAGGCCCAGAUUCAGAAAUCCAGCGGUCGUUUUCUUCUGACGGCCUCUGGUCCGGUUCCUGUUGGGACCAGAGUCCCAGGACUCAUCCGGAUGUUUGACCCCAAAGGCAGAGAGGUGAGUCGGUCUGAGUAUCCCUCUGGAGGAAGUUACAGCGGUGCUGUUAGAGAGGGGUCGCUGGAGCUGAACGGAGACCGAGUCCUCAAGCUGGGUCUGAACAUGUACACCAUGGAACAUCCAGAGGACACUCACACUUCAAACACACCUGGUCAUCAGUCUGACAACUCCCCCAACCCACUGGCCAAGGAGGAGCUGAACCUGCUGGCCCAUCUCAUGGGCAGCAUGAUGCUUGAGCAUGUUCCCAAAGGAGAUCCCGGCUUUUGCAUCAGCUUUUUCUCUCCAGAACCAGAGGAGGAGGAAGGAGCUCCAGGUGGAACGCAGGAGUUCAGAGUCAUCAACAUCCAGGCUGUUCAGGACGAGGAGACGACCUCCACGCUUGCUCAGAUUGCUGGACAGUUCACAGACAAAGAAGCAAUUCCUGGAGAUGAAAGCAGCAGCACUGGAGCCGACCUGCUGGCCAUGAUGGAUGACCUCUGACUGAAUACCAUGAUUACAGCAUCAGACUGACUGUCUGAC